AAAGUGGGUUUAGUCAUGAAUUAGUGAUGGCUGUUGUUUAUUUACGCGCGCAAGAGUUGAGAUAAUAAGCAGUUUGAGUUGCUUGUUGUAAAUUGCAGGUUGCGUUUAGGCAAAUUGAACCAUUAAGGUUGUAUGUUUUUCUGCAUGAUGCCUGCAGCUCAGAUGGUGCAGUGUUACAGUGAAGCCAACAGGAAUAUCAGCCUUAUAUUAUUUAUUUUUCUUUUUUAAAGAUGCCAUCCUGGAUUUUAUUUUUUUGGUUUGAUUGUUGUUGAAAGUUGAGAGGCUCGAAAGUUUGCCCUCUGCUAGACUAGACAGACACAUGCAUACACAAACACACCCCUUUAAAAAGACACACACACAUACGCACGCGCGCACACACACGGAGGGUCCCUCUCGUGAGCUCAAAAAGAAGGAGGAAAAAAAAAGAAAGUUGAAGGAAGACAGAAGAGGACGAACCAAGGGGAGACUCGGAUGAAAGCGCGCCUCCUUCGCUAUUUCUCCUCGUAGAUCUCCUGUAAAUAGAUGCUUAUUUAUGCGCAUAAAUGAAACUAUCCUAAAAACGUAUACAGGCGCUGCGUCUCUGCGUUUUUUUUUUUGGGAUAACCACAUCCAUGCCCCAGGCUUCCGGACAGAAAACUUAGACUUUCAGCGCUACUGGACCUUGAAGUUGAAGAGUUUUUCGCUAUAAAAACACAAUUAACUGGUGUGCGAGUUGGUUUGGACGGUGGAUAUUUAUCUCUUCGCUAGAGAGUAAAGCGCACAGACGGGCUGGGAAAGUCAAAACCACACCGGUGUCCUAGACUGAAGCGGUUUCCUUAAAUUGCCAUAAUGGACUCCCACUGCCGCAAACUGGCUACCACCUGCGCGCAAAUAGAAAAAGAAAAGAACCAAAAUAAUAAAAACAACAACAACAACGACGACUCUUCGGAUGACCCGUCUAAAAAGAAGCGUCAGCGGCGGCAGAGGACUCACUUCACCAGCCAGCAGCUGCAGGAACUGGAGGCGACUUUCCAGAGGAACCGCUACCCGGACAUGAGCACCAGAGAGGAGAUAGCCGUGUGGACCAACCUCACAGAGGCGCGGGUCAGGGUUUGGUUCAAGAACCGUCGAGCCAAGUGGAGGAAACGUGAAAGAAACCAACAAGCCGAGCUCUGCAAAAACGGCUUCGGCCCUCAGUUCAACGGACUCAUGCAGCCCUACGAAGACAUGUACCCGAGCUACACGUACAACAACUGGGCCGCCAAGGGCCUCACGUCGGCCUCUCUGUCCACCAAGAGCUUCCCCUUCUUCAACUCCAUGAACGUCAACCCUUUGUCCUCGCAGACCAUGUUCUCUCCGCCCAACUCCAUCUCCUCCAUGACCUCGGGCAUGGUGCCGUCGGCGGUGACCGGCGUGCCUGGCUCCAGCCUCAACAGCCUCAAUAACUUGAACAACCUCAGUAAUCCGUCUCUCAACUCGGGCGUGCCCACCUCGGCGUGUCCCUACGCGCCUCCGACGCCUCCCUACGUGUACAGGGACACUUGUAACUCCAGCCUGGCCAGCCUGAGACUGAAAGCCAAGCAGCACUCCAGUUUUGGAUACGCCAGUGUGCAGAAUCCGGCUAAUCUGAGCGCCUGCCAAUACGCAGUGGACAGACCAGUCUAAUACCUACACUACACUGCACUGCAAAAAAUGACCACCUUAGCAAGUUAUUAUAGGCUCUAGUAAUACAAGUGGUAUUGUUCUCUAAAAAGGAAUGGGGAGAGAUAAUUGUACGUUUUUCAGGAAAAUUAUGGCAUUUUUCUUGAUACUAGUCUGACUUUUUCCUCACUUUAGCAAAGUCAUUAUAGGCUAGAAAAGUGGUAUUGUUCUAGUGGGGAAAUCUGGCAGAAUUAAUUGCAAGUUUUCAGGAAAUGUAUGGCAAUAGUCUGAGUUUUUCCUCAAGAUGUUGCCACUAUAGUUCCUUGAAAAAAAAAAAACUCCUCUAAUAAGCAAGUGAGAUUAUUCCAUCCAGUUAUUUUUGCACUGCACUGCAAAAAAUGACCACCUUAGCAAAGUCAUUAUAGGCUAGUAAAAGUGGUAUUGUUCUCUAAAAAGGAAUGGGGAGAGAUAAUUGUACGUUUUUCAGGAAAAUUAUGGCAUUUUUCUUGAUACUAGUCUGACUUUUUCCUCACCUUAGCAAAGUCAUUAUAGGCUAGAAAAGUGGUAUUAUUCUAGUGGGGAAAUCUGGCAGAGAUAAUUGCACGUUUUCAGGAAAUUUAUGGCAAUAGUCUGAAUCUUUCCUCAAGAUGUUGCCAUUAUAGUUCCUUGAAAAUCCCCCCAAACUCCACAAAGAAGCAAGUGAGAUUAUUCCAUCCAUUUAUUUUUGCACUGCACUGCAAAAAAAAUGACCACCUUAGCAAAGUCAUUAUAGGCUAGUAAAAGUGGUAUUGUUCUCUAAAAAGGUGUGAGGAGAGAUAAUUGUACGUUUUUCAGGAAAUUUAUGUCAUUUUUCUUGAUACUAGUUUGACUUUUUCCUCAAGAUGUUGCCACUAUAGUUCCUUGAAAAUCCCCCAAACUCCUCAAAGAAGCAAGUGAGAUUAUUCCAUCCAGUUAUUUUAGGGGGGAAACAUGUAGACCAGUCUAAUACCUGCACUGCACUGCAAAAAAAGUGACCACCAUAGCAAAGUCAUUAUAGGCUAGUAAAGUGCUAGAUUUCCCCACUAGAACAAUACCACUUUUACUAGCCUAUAAUGACUUGCUAAUGACCACCAUAACACCCCAGUCUGGUCUUGUAAUCACCC